UUUUCCCUUGACGAGGCCCUCCUGGCAACAGAGCAGGCGAUUGCUAUAGAGACAGGCAACAGCUCAACAGAAGCCAACACAACAGUCAAAGUAAGUUCCCCGGUUCGCGAGAAAAAGCAAGCAAGCAAGCAACAAUUACAGAUCCUUUUUUUCCAUCAUAGCAAAUAUCUGCAGCAUGGAAGGAAAAGGUACUGAAAGCAUUGCCAAACUCAGAGCAAAGUGCUUGGAAAGAGGAGCUUCUGGGAUUAAGGGACUUGCCAGAUUUUUCCGCAUCAUGGAUGAUAACGGCAGCAAAACUUUGGAUCUGGAGGAAUUUGUGAAGGGCCUCCAGGAGGCUGGGGUCCCCUUGGAAAGGGGUGAGGCAGAAGAGAUUUUCAGCCUCUGUGACAAAAAUAAGAAUGGUACCCUGGACUUCAAUGAAUUCCUGCAAGCCCUGAGGCCUCCUAUGUCCAACACCAGAAAAGACAUAAUUGCAAAAGCAUUCCAGAAACUGGACAGGACUGGUGAUGGAUUGGUGACGGUAGAGGAUCUUCAUGGGGUCUACAACAGCCGGUCCCACCCCAAGUUUAAGAGUGGACAGUGGACAGAAGAUCAGGUUUUCAGCGCCUUUCUGGAGAGCUUUGACUCUCCUGAUGAUAAGGAUGGGAAGAUCACGCAUGAGGAAUUCCUGAACUACUACAGUGGAGUCAGUGCCUCUAUUGAUAGCGAUGGCUAUUUUGUCGACAUGAUGAAAGCUGCGUGGAAGCUGUAGUGGGAACGAGAGUUGGCAUUCCCUUCUGAAGCAUAGGAAACUUAGCACAACAUAUUCAGUACGAAAUUCCUAGAACAUUCUAGUGUAAAGUAGGUUUAGGACUUUGGAUAAUGAGAAUCCAGCUUGUACAUGCAGGUAAGACAUAUGAUUGAAAAAAAGAGGUUCCUCUAAAUUGCCCAUAAUUAAGAUGCUGCAAUAGAAAGCUAACUAUAGCAGAAGGGACUCUGGUUUUCCUGACUUCCAUCCUUUUUCUUUCUGAGUUUUCUGUUUAAGGCAAGUUUGGGCUUUUUGGAAAUCACUUAAGCUAUAACUUCCAACUAAUGCUGGUCAAAUAAAGGAGUUUAACUUCCAAGAUCCCAUAAUGGCUGGGAUUUGCUGGGAACUGUAGUUUGUCAGCUAUCUGGAGAGACACAAGUUCCUAGCCCUUGUGGAUUUAUCAGUCUCUAUACAGAAGAACAUUUAACAUUUUCUAACUCAAUGCUAUAGAUUUGUCUAUCAAUGCAGGAUUCUAUAUAUCGACCAGAAUAGUAAAAGGCUUUUAUACUCUUUCCUGGACUUUCUUAGUUAAACUUUCUCCUGAAUAAAAGAUUCACCAACUCCAA